UUAAUUUUAAAAUGGAAAUUGCUUAUAAACUCGUGAAAGAAAUAGACUGUAAACAAGGAGCUGUUAGAGCUGUUCGAUUUAGUGUUGAUGGUGCCUAUUGUUUAACUUGUGGAUCUGAUAGGAAAUUAAAAUUAUGGAAUCCUUACAGAGGUGUUACUUUGAAAAUAUAUGGAGGACAUGGAGAUGAAGUAAUGGAUAGCAGUGCAUCUUGUGACAGUAGUCAAAUAGUAUCUUGUGGUUUAGAUAAAUCUGUUAUUCUUUGGGAUGUAGCAACUGGAACUCCAAUUCGUCGUUUAAGGGGUCAUGCUGGUCCUGUUAAUACUGUGAAAUUCAAUGAAGAAUCUUCUAUAGUUAUUUCUGGAUCCAGAGAUAAUUCAGUUAUGCUAUGGGAUGUACGUUCUAAAGUAUUAGAACCUGUACAAUGUUUAAAUGAAGCUAAAGAUUCUAUUUCUAGUGUUAGAAUAUCAGAUCAUGAAAUUUUAACAGCUUCAUUUGAUGGGAAAAUACGUAGAUAUGAUAUUCGUGUAGGUGAAAUGUAUACAGAUUAUAUAGGAGAUGCAGUAACUUGUGCUAGUUUCACAAGAGAUGGUCAAUGCAUAGUAGUUAGUUCUGCCGAUGGUAUAGUUAGAUUAAUGGAUAAAGAUUCGGGAGAAUUGCUUGGAGAAUAUAUAGGUCAUGUAGUAAAUAACUUGUGCUUAGAAUCAAGUGUUGAUAUUCAAGAUACUCGCAUUCUUUCUGGGUCUGCAGAUGGUAAAUUGUGGAUAUGGGACCUAGUUUCUCAAAAAGUAAUCGCAAAACUCUCAGGAUUUAAACCAACAAAACAUCCUAUAGUAUCAUUGAGUGUUCACCCACAAACAAACUGUUUCUUAGCUACUAAUGGACCAAACAUAUUAAUGUGGAAUACUGUAUCAACACAAGAGUAA